GUGGGCCCUCCUCCUUCCUUUCUUCAGUACUUGUCCAUCAAUGAGCACAGACAAUCCCAGAUAGAGUACCUGAAACUGGCUCUAUAUAAAACAACCCCAAAAACUGUUUGCCCUUCAAACAAAUUAUUUCUUCUCUCGUGUCUGUGUUGUUCUUGUUUCUCAAAAUGGCAGACACUGGUGCUGGUGGCGCGGCAGCAAUUUCUCUUCAACAAGCCUCCGACGAUGACUCCAUGCACAGCCCCCGGAGCGUCCCCACACUCUCUGGAGGCGCAAGUGGUGGUGGAGGAGGAGGGUGUUCGUCGUCCGGACACAAGAACAUGGUAUCACCGUUGGGUGAUAUUAUCAUCUCAAACUCAAAGAAACCGAGAGGGAGACCGCCGGGGUCCAAGAACAAGCCCAAACCCCCGAUCGUCAUCACCAAGGACUCGGGGUCAGCGAUGAAGGCGGUGGUCCUCGAGAUCUCCGCCGGGUCCGAUGUGGUGGAGACGAUUGUACAGUACGCCCGAAGGCGCCAGGUUGGCAUCAGUGUGUUGAGCGGUUCAGGGGCGGUGUUGAACGUAAAGCUGAGACACCCAGCCGGGCCCCACGAACCGUCACUGUCUCUUCAGGGUCCAUUCAACCUCCUCUCUCUCUCCGGCUCUUACAUAGACUCCUUCCCGGCCGUCAUCGCUUGCUCUUCUUCUCCUUCCGCCGCUGGUGGUGGUGGUGGUUCGGCCGUAGUACCGAUGUCCGGGACUUAUUCUCUUCUGGCUUGUUCGUCGUUCACGAUAUGUCUUGCGGGGGCGCAAGGGCACGUGUUUGGAGGGAUUGUUGGGGGCAAGGUUGUGGCGGCGAGUACUGUGAUGGUUGUGGCCGCCACGUUUUUGGAUCCGACCCUUCAGAGGUUGCCUUUGCCGGUUGAGGGUGGCGGUGAAUAUGAAGGUGAGGAGGAUACUAAGCCUUGCAUUAAUGAACAAAGUUGUCACACUUACGGUGGCGGCGGCGGUGGCCGGAGCAGUGGUGUUGCGAGUCCAACGUGCCAGAUGAACACUAGCCCUCCUGAUCAUUAUCAUCAAGUCAUGGCUUGGGGUCCUCCAUCUCGCACUCCUUACUGAGAAAAACAAUUGAAAUAUCAAAUAUUUUCAAGUUGGAAUUAACUCAUGAUGCCAUCUUUAGUUAGUCGUAGCAGCUGCCUAGUAAUUUCUUUUGUGAUAUUUUGGCAGCAACAUAUUAUUUAGCAGAAUUGUCUUCUCUCUCUCUCUCUCUCUCUCUCUCUCUCU